AAGUUUGUGAGGCUUGAGUGUUGGUGUCAUCCUGCUCAUCUCUCGUGACAGGAGCCCGCUGGAUCUUAACGCCGACUGAAAUCAGCCUUGGAGUCACCUCCCUUCUUCUGGUAUUACUGGUUCUAGCUUUCCGUGAGCUGUCAGAGGUUUAUCAUUCUGCAUAUGAGUGUUUGUGCUCCAGCGAGUGGAGUUCAUGCUUGUUUGGUCUGACUGUAUUAGUGCAGGUCAGAGGAACAACAGCGUGAGAGGACGAGGAUAUCAAAGAUCUUUUUCCUUGGAGGAGUCACUGAAGAACUCUUGCUAAAAGAACAACUUGCUGAGGGUGUUUUCAGCAUUUCUUUCACCUUUGUCCUUAUCUGCUGGCUGGGAUGAGGGGGCUUGGGAGCCUUAUUGUCGGGCUCCUUUUGGCCUUCUUUUCCACUGCCUUUGGUCUUUAUUUCCCUCCUCACGUGGAGCAGCUGCCAACCAUCACCGCUCAGACCUCAGGCUCUCUCAUUGCCUUGCCAUAUGAUGAGAACUUCCUGUUCAAGUGUGAAGCCAAAGGCAACCCAAGACCUACGUACCGCUGGACGAAAGAUGGGAUGGAUUUUGACUUGCAUAAAGACUCUCAUCUCAUUAUAGAAGAAAGUAGUGGGACCUUUUUGAUACCCAACACUAAAGAAAAAACGAAAUACCAGGGAAAGUACAGAUGUUAUGCCUCAAACAAGCUCGGAACAGCAAUAUCAGAGGAAUCAGAAUUGAUUGUGCCUAUGGUUCCCAAGUUUCCCAAGGAGAAGACAGAGCCAGUGGUGGUCACAGAGGGCGAUUCGGUGGUUUUGGAGUGUAACCCGCCACAAGGCAUUCCACCUUGGCAGCUGUACUGGAUGACCAAUGAUCUUCGACACAUUGAGCAGAAUGAGAGGGUGUCCAUGGGCCUCAAUGGGAAUCUGUACUUCUCUAAUACACUGGUGUCAGAUAGCCGCGAUGACUACUGCUGUUUUGCCUCCUUUUCCAGGAUACGCACAAUCGUUCAGAAACCACGCUUGGUCCUGAGGGUCAAGCCAAGCCAGGGGGAUGAUGACAUCACAAGUGAUCAGAAGAGGAAGCCGAGCAUUUUGGUGCCCUCCAGUCAUUCAACGACAUACAUAAAAAAAGGAGAAGAGCUGGAGCUGGAGUGUAUCACAGAAGGACUGCCUACACCAGCGGUAGAAUGGAUCAAGAUGUUGGAAAAUUUACCAACCCGUACACAAAUCAAGAACUAUGGAAAGCUUCUGACUAUAUCAAACAUCACAGAUCAGGUUGAAGGGAAAUACAUGUGCAAAGCCAAGAAUGAUCUUGGUGAAGCUGAGCAUCAUUUCCAAGUUGUUGUGGAGGAGCCGCCUAGCUGGCAGGAGGAGCCAGUGAAGAGUCAGUUAGCAGAGAUUGGAUCUGACAUCCACAUCAAGUGUUCUGCUAGAGGAAAACCACAACCCACAAUCACCUGGAAGAGAAAUGGCCAGCCUCUUGAUGAUUUUCCUUCUACCAAUUACAAAGUGCUUGAUGACAGAAUAAUCAUCCUCAGAGCGGAGCAGAGAGACACUGCAGUGUACCAGUGUGAGGCCUCCAACAGACACGGGACCCUACUUGUCAAUGCUAAUGUGCUUGUCAUGAAUCAUCCCCCUUUGAUUCUGACGCGGAAUUAUCUGGAGUACGCAACCAUGUUAGGCAAGAGUGUGAUUAUGGACUGCAGAGUCUUUAGCUCACCACCUGCCACCAUUAACUGGAGAAGAGAAGACCCAGAGGGCUCUCUAGAUGGAGAGAGAUAUUCUCUCCUGAAGAAUGGCUCCCUGCAGAUUCACAAAGUCGAGAUGGAAGAUAUGGGCCAGUACAAAUGUUUGGCAAACAACUCCGAAGGCACCAUGAGCCUCACCACUGAACUUUUCAUUAAAGAUUCAACGAGGAUCGUAGAACCACCUCAAGACAUGAAGGUCAAAAGAGGAUCUAUGGCGGAGCUGGAGUGCCAGGUGGAGUGCGAUCCCACCCUCAGAAGAGAGCUGGAGAUCUUGUGGAUGAAAGAUGGGAUGAAUAUCCUCUCAAACUUCUCUGAAGGAUAUUUCACAGAUGAUGGAAUUCUCCAGAUUGUCAAUGUGAGCCACAGUGAUCAAGGGAAUUACACCUGUGUUGUUCGAACAUCACUGGACCAAGAUACAGCUUCUGCAUACAUAACUGUGUUAGAUGUUCCAGAUCCACCGGUUCAACUGACGCUCUCUGAGCUGAAAGACCGCAGUGUGAGGCUCCAGUGGGUGGCUGCCAGUGAUCAUAACAGUCCCAUAACAGAGUUCAUCAUCCAGUAUGAAGAGAACCACUGGGAGCCGGAGAAGUGGAAGGAGAUUAUACGAGUUGCAGGCAGCCAGUUCUCGGCCCCCUUGACGCUCUACGGCCACAUUAACUACCAGUUCAGAGUCAUCGCUGUCAAUGCUAUCGGAAGAAGCCAUCCCAGCAUGCCCUCCAAAAGAUAUAAGACACCUCCUUGCGCCCCCGACAGGAACCCAGAAAACAUUAAGAUUGAGGGUCACCUGCCACAUCAGAUGGACAUCAGCUGGGAGCCACUCUUGCCUGUGGAGCACAACGGUCCCGGUCUGGAAUACAAACUGAGUUACAGGCUCCUGGGUGUCGAGGACAGUUGGAAAGAACAGAUGAUGAAGAGACACUCAUUUGUGGUGCGAGACACCCAAACAUUCGUCCCCUACGUGGUCAAGAUCCAGGCCUUCAACAGCCAUGGUUGGGCACCAGAACCCAGAGUGGUGACUGGUUAUUCCGGGGAAGACUUGCCCUUGGCGGCUCCUGAAGACGUAUCUGUGGAGGUGUUGAACUCUACACUGCUGAGGGUCAGCUGGUCACCGGUGCCCCAAACUGCCCUGAGGGGCCAUCUUGGAGGAUACACUGUCCACUGGUGGCAAACACAAAGUCUGUUGAACUCUAAGAGAAUUCCCUCAGAGAGACAGUCUCUCACCAUCCCUGGAAACAGGAGUCACACCAUGGUGCCGGGACUGAAGCCAUUCUCUGAAUAUAGCCUGACUGUCAACAUCUUUAACCGGAGAGGGAAUGGGCCCAGCAGCAGUCCCGUCUCUUUCACAACUCCACAGGGAGUUCCUGAGCAACCUCCCAUCCUGAGAGCCACAAACUUUCAGAAAGACUCCAUCACGCUGGUGUGGGCGCCUCCGCAUGAAACCAAUGGCUUUCUCAUGGGAUACUUGCUGCAAUAUCAGACAGUUAAUGAGACUCGGGGUGAGCUGAAAUCUGUGAACAUCAAUGCACCAGAUACAACACAGUGGGUCUUGCGUGAUCUGCAGGAUGACAACUGGUAUAAGUUCUACCUGAGCGCGUGCACACAGGUGGGCUGCGGGUCAGCCAUCAGUGAGGAAGGAGGCACCGUCUCUGAAGCGUUUACAAUGCCCAAACAUUCAUUUCCUGAAGUUUCUACAGUCUCAGCUGAAACGUCAACAGAGAGCUAUGAACUGUCGACAUCUGAGGUGACAUCAUCUGACUUGAGACAACCUUUCCCUUUCACCUCAUCUAAUACAGACACUCCUUCUGUCAAUGCCACCUUUCCUACCUUAGUGUCUAGUAAACAACUCGUGGCAUCCCAGGAGUGGUUUGUGGCGAUCAUGUGCGCAGUGGCUUUACUAACUCUGCUUGUCCUCAUCGGCUGUUUUGUGCUCAAGAACAAAUUCGGCAAGUACGCAGUGAAGGAAAAGGAGGAAACUCCCGCUGAUCCUGAAGCUCAAGCCAUGGGCGAAGAAUCCCCCUGCGAGUACAGUGACAAUGAUGAGAAGCCGCUGAAGAGCAGCCAGCAAUUGUUCACAGACAUCAAAGAGGAUGAUAGCAGUGAGGACAGCUCUACGAUGUCAGAGGACGAUGGCUCUGAGUUCGACGAAGAUGGGUCAUUUAUCGGCGAGUACUCGGGGUUCAGGCGCAGGGUGUCCACGGAGGUGAACGGACACCCCCCCCCCGUGACCUCUUAAUGCUGGUUCAAUCUUAGGAACUUUUAAACAAUUUUACAGGAAACCGAAAAGUUUGUUUGUAUGAUGUGCCAUGAAUUUGCCUAAGUUUUUUAGGAGUUUGCUUUUGCGUGAACGGCCACUUCUUUACAGUAUUAAUAUGAAGGGUGAUGACAGGUUAUAGUUCUGGCCAACAUGAAAAUUAUGCCAUCAUUUACUCAUCGCUCUGGUGUUUCAAACCGGUAUGACUGACUUUUUGAGACGUUUAGCAGAAUGUUCACGCUGCUCUUUCCUUACAAUAAAAAUAAAUGGUGACCAAGAACU